CACGCUAGACUCCGCUAGGCUAAUGUGUUGUGUUAUAGAGUCGGAAUGUUUUUAUGCAGGUAAAAACCAAUAGAGAGCACAAGUAGAUUAAUGUUUUGUUAUCUUUUGCGCGUAAAUUUGAAAACGUUUGAGUUAUUAGUCGUUGUCGUGUGGGUGAAAGUUGGAAUUGAAGAAGGGAUUCGACUCUAGAAGAAAUUCUUGUCACCGGCAGCUGUGUGUUGACAAGUUCCUGCGAGCCAUAGCGGAGAAAACUAUCUUUAGUUGUUUGCUAAAGUAAUUAAGGUUCUUCCGAGCUAGAACACUUUACAAUUGAUCGACAAAACCCUUUAAGAUGAAGCUGUGACUGAAAGCGUUAAUCCUGGAUGCUCCAAUGGAUGUUGUUUGUGGGGACAAAGUCUCAGUUCCAGAUGUCUCGGGAAAUGGACACUUGAAAGAAGAAGGAUGUGGUGGAUUAAAACGAAUAGAUAUCGAUAGCAAAGGAUUUGAUUUUCUGAAUUCUUCGCAUUUCUUACGAAGUCACGACAAAGCGAGUGGCGAGCAGUUGAGGAAGUAUAUUAGGUGUAACUCUUCGGAGGAGUCUGCUUUGCCAAAUGAGUCUGUUGGAGCUUCGUUUCUAAUGCAAAAUAAUAACAAUCGGAAAAGCAAAAAUGUGGAGAAUGGAUUCGUCGAGUGGAAUCAAAUCGAGAAGAUCAGUUGUAAUCCUUUGAACAAUUCUAAUCUUGUCGAGGAAGACAAAAGCUCUACCACAAAUGGGUGCUUAAAAACAGAAUCCAUGUCGAUUCAUUUGAUCUCGACAUUGAACAAAGACUCAAGACUGUCAGRAAGAAGCGRYUKCAGUGAUGAAUGUUUGGAAGAAUUUCAUUCAAUGCCGCAWACACCAAAUCGUUCAUCAAACGAACUMGCRAAUACAGCCGGAAGCGAUUCGCUAGGAGAAAAACAAGACGAUAGUUGCUUUACGGUACGUCCAGAAUAUCAUGCCUCAAAAAGYAGCUCGGAAAUACAUCACUUGUCACGUGGUGCAAUCUCCGAAAAGGAACACUCGAAAAAGAAAAUAUCUUUUAGGGCGUUGGUAAGGAUGAAAGGUUUGGGAAGAAAAUUGCGACGGAAACAUCAGGGCAAAACAAAACAAAARCAGGCUAACAACAAAAAGGAAUCCAGUGGAACUGAUCCGCUACUGUUCUCUGAYUCUAGUGCUAAAUACCUCUUAGAGUCRAGCGUGAGCGUCACUGAUGAUAACACAAACUGUAAAAAUCAAAUAACACAACACAAGCAGAAGCGCCCGAGCCUUCUSAAGAACAAGAAAAGCUACUCCUUUUCAGGGACUAGCACUCCUGAACACAUUUUUCAAGCUGAAUUAAGUUCAUCUUCUUCAGAUAUAGUCUGCAGUGAAGAGUAUCUAGGAAAACGUAGAUUUGCUGUGUGCGAGGAGAUUGAAAAGGCURUUAUCUGUGGAGAUCAAAGCUUGGCUGAACUGCGAUCUAUUUUGGUGAUACAACACAAACUGACAGGAUUUGGAUUACUUURAUCUUAUAACAUUCAAUUAUGAUAGUGAAUUAUUGUUUGUUAGAUCGAUGGCGUUUUAUUACAAUCAGUCGCUGGAGGAUGGCGCACUGYGCGCAUGUCACACUCUAAACGAGAAUCAUCUUUUCAAGGAAAUUAAGUGCUGAUGAAAUGAUGUAAGGAAAGUGCACACAAUAGCCUUAUGUUGCUAAUAUCAUCACAGUAUAUCGGUUUAACGCUGUAUAUUGUAAGGAUUUGGUCCAUUAAUUCAAACAAAUGGCCAUGACAAAUAUUGAAAUAUUUGAUCGCACAUUCACAACGAGAGAUUAUAGGUGAAAAGAAAUAAAAAAAAAAUAUUUACCAGGGCCGUGACAUGGUUUAUUGUUUCGUUCAUUUUUUUGACCAAUCUUCCGGUAMCAUUUCCACGAAAUUUCUUUUCAAAUUUGAUCCAUGUUCCCAAAACAAUGAGCGAUCCCAAAACAUUUUUAAAGUUUAUCCCCGAUCUCGAUCCGAGCACUAGCUGUAAUCCCGAUCCCAUGCAAAGGUAAAAACCUCCUUGAUCCCCAAAUAAUGCUGAUUCCUGUUCCCAUAUACCAUAUACCAUGUCACGAACCUGAUUUGCCAUAUAUAACUAGUACUAUUUUAUAAAUCACAUUUGAAAAGAAAGAGUCGUUUAGCAUAGUAUAUAAAAAAACUCUUAUUAUAUAAUCAA